GUAUGACCUGCAGAGGGAGCGGGCGGAGCGGGCCGAGGCUGGGCCUGGAGAGUGUGCAUGCGAAAAGAAAAGAGUCAUUAGGCCAGAUGAGUGAACUGCUGCUACAGUUGGGAGCCUGGCGCCCCGAACUGUCACGGGCGUCCGUGGGCUGAGGGAGGUGAGGAGGGGAACAGGUGGUGGUUACAGAAGACCUGCCAUCUGAGCGUGGACGGACUAGGCGAUGGUAGGUGCUUGCUCUGAAAUGAACACAAGGGAAGCAAGAUUUCACCCCCGAUCACCCAAACAAUUUCCUGUCACUGUCCUCUGGCUGAGGAGAGGGGAGCUCGGACAGCUGCAGGUGCCGUCCUUGACUCGCGCGUGCGUGUCUUCGUGUUCCAGCCACAGAAAGUACAGGGCCGCCCUGAAGAAAGAGAAACGAAAGAAGCGUCGUCAGGAACUCGCUCGAUUGAGAGACUCAGGACUCUCACAGAAGGAGGAGGAGGAGGAUGCGUUUAUUGAAGAACACCAACUCGAAGAAGAGAAGCUGUUAGAGAAGGAGAGGCAAAAGUUACAUCAGGAAUGGUUGCUGAGAGAGCAGAAGGCUCAAGAAGAAUUCCGAAUAAAGAAAGAAAAGGAAGCGGCAGCUAGAAAACGGCAGGAAGAACUAGAGAGAAAAUUAAAAGAAGAAUGGGAACAACAACAGAGAAAGGAGCGAGAAGAGGAGGAGCAGAAACUACAGGAGAAGAGAGAAAGAGAGGAAGCUGUGCAGAAGAUGCUGGAUCAGGCUGAAAAUGAGUUGGAAAAUGGUACCACAUGGCAAAACCCAGAACCACCCUUGGAUGUAAGAAUAAUGGAGAAAGAUCGAGCAUACUGUCCGUUCUACAGUAAAACAGGAGCCUGCAGAUUUGGAGAUCGGUGUUCACGUAAACAUAGUUUCCCCACAUCGAGCCCUACCCUUCUUAUAAAGAGCAUGUUCACAACGUUUGGAAUGGAGCAAUGCAGAAUGGAUGACUAUGACCCUGAUGCAAGCCUGGAGUACAGUGAAGAGGAAACCUACCAGCAGUUCCUAGAGUUCUAUGACGAUGUGCUCCCUGAGUUCAGGAAUGUGGGGAAAGUGAUUCAGUUCAAGGUCAGCUGCAACUUUGAACCUCAUCUUAGGGGCAACGUGUACGUUCAGUAUCAAUCGGAAGAAGAAUGCCAGGCAGCCCUCUCCGUGUUCAAUGGACGGUGGUAUGCAGGACGACAGCUGCAGUGUGAAUUCUGCCCGGUGACCCGGUGGCAGAUGGCAAUUUGUGGUUUAUUUGAAACCCAGCAGUGUCCAAGAGGAAAACACUGCAACUUUCUUCAUGUAUUCAGAAAUCCGAACAAUGAGUUUUGGGAAGCUGACAGAGACAUGUAUCUGUCCCCAGAUCGGACUAGCUCAACCUUUGGGAAGAACCCCGAUAGGAGAGAGAGAAUGGGCCACCGUGAUGACUACUAUUGCAGGCCAAGGAGGAGACGAAGUCUAAGUUCAGACCACUCCUACAAAAGAAACGGGGAAUCUGAGAGGAAAAGGAGCAGUCACAGGGGGAAGAAAUCUCACAAGCACGUGUCCAAAAGUCGGGAAAGGCACAGCUCCCGAAGCAGAGGAAGAAAAAGGGACCGCUGUCGGAGCCGCGGCCAGAGAAGUCGCAGCCGAAGCCUCAGGAGCCGGAGAAGUCGGACCCAGAGCCAGAGCUGCAGGAGCCAGAGUUCAUCCAGGUCCCGGAGCCGGGCCGGGAGGAGGUCCGGUAGUAGAGACAGAUAUAUCUACAGUCCCAAAUCCAAAUAAAUACAUUGGCUAGAAGGGGAGGAGCUCGAGGGCUAGCAAGUCUGGCAGAACCCUGUGUGAACUGGAAUUCUAUUUCAAAGAAAGUUUUUUUCUCUGAUAAUCAAGAAUUGUAUGUUUAAUAUCGAAAACUUAGAAAACAAAACAUAUAGGUAGCAACAUAAAAAUCGCUUGUAAUCCUAACCAGUGACCUUUGGAGCGUUGCUUUAGUCUUUUCUUAUGGAUGUGUCCGUAUUUUUUUUUUAACAAAGUUAAUGUAUGUCUGCAGUUGAAUAUGCUACCUUUUUUUCACCUGAAACAUUGCCCUAUUUCAAGCAGUCCCUAUUCUGACGUGGUUUUUACUUACUGCAUAGUUUAAUGUAUCUAUUUAACCAUAUCCCUAUUGUUGUAUUUUUAAAUUAUUUAUAAUUUUGUACUCUUAAAGGAGCCUUUGCUGAAAACAAAUAAAAAGUAAAAAACCCUAUGAUGGGUUUCCUUAAACACUUCCGUGCAUUUCUGAUCAUUUACUUAGGAUAAAUUACAUCAAGGGAUGUGGACAGUCAAGUUUUUCCCAAUCCUGCUCCAGCAGAGUACGAAAUCUAGCACGCAGAGGUCAUUUUGCUGCUCCCACUUCAAGUAUUAUCUGUGUAAGUGCUCAUUUCUGUACUUUUAUGUCUAAGCCAAAGGUUUUCUCUGUAAUUAACGGCCAUUGGUGCUUUUAAGAAUCUUGUUUGCCCCUUAUUAAAAAUCUAUUAGACUUUUCUCCUGUACUAGCUGAACCGUUUUACUUUAAAAUUCAUGUUCUCAAUCUUAAAAACUAAAGGGUUAUGUAACUUUUUCCUCCCUCCCACCCGGUUCUCAGUUCCCUUUCAGCUGGGGGCUUUCUAUCAAUCAGGGUGUUCAUCUUUUUUACAGUAUAGUCCUUUAUAGGAGCCAUGGUGGCACAGUGGUUAAAGCACUCAGCUUUUUAACAAAAAUGUCAGCAGUCUGAACCCACCAGCCUCUCUGCAAGAGAACGACGUGGCAGUCUGCUUCCGUAAAGAUGACAGCCUCGGAAACCCUACGGGCAGUUCUACUCUGUCCUACAGGGUCUCCAAAUCACAAUCGAUGGCACUGGGCAGAGUCCUUUACAUAAAGCUUAUGUCAUUUUCAGGAUAUUAGGGUCACUGCUACUGAAUAUGCCUUGUGUUAAGGCAAUCCUGGUACAAAAAUCGUUGCUCUCAUUACUGUUUGUGACUCAAAAUACUAUGAUUCAAAAAUUCCAACUCUGUAGAUUGCCCGCCAUGGCCCAUAGGCCUGACUGGUGAGUAGCCAGCUGCAUGUCAGAGGCUCCAAGCCUACCUAUUACUGUCAGGCAACCUAAGUUUUGACUUUUUGGUUGUGUAUUAGAGGCAGGCAGUACAAUCUGCAAGUACCAGUCCACUGUGGUGGGAGUGCUAACCCCCCCAGGUCAUGGGGGAAAGGGAGGAGAUCGGAGUUGUUCGGAAAGAGCAAAAAAAGAGAAUCCAGUGCAUCAAGGUUUUAAAAGCUGCAUUUAUUGAUUGAAAAUAAGUAUGUAGAUAAGCUCUUGGUAGCAUGAAAUCCACAUUUUUUUUUUAACGAACUUGAAGAACAUGAAGACUCCAACUCUGCUGCCAUUUAUCUUGUGUGUGCUUAUAACCACCACCACAUUCAAAUGGAGGUGCAUUUUUGUCACUUUACUGAAAAAAAAAAACAAACUUCCUUCAGCAGCUCUCCUUAAGUUGACAAAC